UGUUUCAUGCUUCUUUUAUUUUUCUUUUGUCUCUCCAAACCAAAAACACUCCUAUAUAUAUGGAGAUUUCAUCCAUGCAUAUAUCUCACAUUCAAUCUCAAACUAGCUAUGAAUUCUAUAACCUGCUUUCUCAUCAUUUUCGUCUUUGCCACCAGUAUGGUUGCCUCCGAUCCUGACAUGCUCCAGGAUAUCUGUGUUGCUGAUCCCUCUUCAGCUGCUAAGAUGAAUGGGUUCGCUUGCCAAGAUUAUGCUUCAAAUGCAACAGCACAAGAUUUCUUCUUCACUGGCAUAUGUCAACCAGGCAACAUCACCAAUGCUUUUGGUUCACUGGUAACAGGUGCUAAUGUAGAAAACAUACCAGGCCUUAACACCCUUGGUGUUUCUCUCUCCCGUAUCGACUACUUAGCCGGCGGACUGAACCCACCUCACACCCAUCCAAGAGCCACUGAGAUUGUAUUCGUAUUACAAGGGUCGCUCGAUGUUGGAUUCAUUACCACCAGUAAUACAUUCAUUUCUAAGACCAUAAUGAAAGGUGAGGUCUUUGUGUUCCCAAAAGGAACAGUUCAUUUCCAGAAGAACAAUGGUGAUGAACCUGCUUCAUUUAUUGCCGCUUUCAAUAGCCAGCUCCCUGGUACUCAGUCUAUUGCUAUGACUCUUUUCGGUGCCAAGCCAGCUGUUCCAGAUAAUGUCUUGGCUCAGGCAUUCCAAAUUGAUACCACGGAAGUUCAGACAAUCAAAUCAAAAUUCGCACCCAAGAUGUAAUAAUGCGUGAUGAUUGAAUGCUGGAUCAAUCUGAAUCCCCUUAUAAUGGAACUUUUGGUGGGCAAUAUUUAUCUGAAUUCUCACAGUUUUUUCUCUUCUGGCUGCUGUUCGAAACUUGUGAAGUACUAUUAUAAGUAUAGCAAUAUCAAAUAAGAAACUUGUCAUUUCACAUUCA